AUGUUUGGCUGGGGUGCUGGACUGGGUAAGCAUUCUCAUUCGAACGAUUCAUUGCUCUUCCAAACCUCCCCGUUGAUUGUGCCCCUCGAUGGCCCCGCGUUGUGCUGGCCCCUGGGCGGUCGGCCAGGAACCUCCGCCACCGUCACUGUCCAAGUCGCGUGGAAUGUGGCGCAUGACGCCCUUCCUUCCGCCAGCUCGGAGCCGGAGAAGGAGCGCAAACCCCCCGCGGACCCGACGCCACUCGAUUUCCCCGUCUAUAACCUCCCCGAUGUCGUCUCCAAUGACUCCGAGUCGAGGCUCGCAGAGAUGUCCGAUCUCCUGGCCGACAUCAAGCGCCCACAGGACAUCUCCAUGGACCGCUUCCGGCCGUUGAAUCUACAGAUGGAGACCGACGUGCCCGUCAAUCAAAUGAUCCCCAAGGACACCACACAUCCUAUGGCCCCGCUGCCGUGGGAAGACACCAGCGUGCCUACGGAAGAUAAUCCACGACCCUUGAUGGGCAAUGGGGCCCCGUAUCCCCCCAAGGAACGAUAUGAGACGCUCGAAAAGGAGAUGGCGCUCGACAACGACGACACGUUCCGCGAGGUGGCUCGACUGCCGCCACGCCCUGGCCGCGCUGGGGUUCGAGUGACGCAGUCAAGGAAGUUCUGGAUGGGAUUAGAGCGCAUGGCUCAGUACUGGGAUACCAGUUUAGACAAUUACUACGAGCGCCCGGCAACCCCCGAACAAACGCCUCCAUCCGAAGAGGAGCAGGGAAAUGAUACAAUGCAGCUGGACGAAGAGGCCAGGAUCAAGGAUGGACCGGGAGAGAGCAUGGAUAUCGAUGAGGCACUUGCGGUACCCAACGAAGCAGACCUACGACCUGCCGUCACCAUGUACACCGGCCGUCGAAUGGGGACUGGUAGCGAGAUGCCUGACGAAACCCGCGACGAGACCAUCCGUGCUUUCGUGGAGAUGGCGGCAUGGCCAUUCGGAUGCCAAGUGACUGUUCCAACGCUGGCCCCACGAUUGACCACCAAAAACCUUCUUUUCCCCGUUCGACAAACGUUCCAGUCGUCGCGAUCCCCGCGUGACCGCCAGCUGGCUCGCAGCGGAAUGCUCGAGGGCCCGGUGCUCAUCUCGCAGUGUCGACCCGAGACGUCUUUCCGCAACCCUGAAGAUACCCCGGGCACCGGCCUCGGCGAGGUGUGCGAUCUGUUCCGCGAGGUGGGCGGCAUGCUGCUGGCGGCGCAAGAGCGAGCUCGUGAAGGUGCUGUGGAGCGCCAGCCCGGCGAAGGCAAAUGGUGGACCACGGCUCCUCGCUUUGGUGGGGCACCGAAUGAUGGCAUCCUGGAAGAUCUCAUCAGCCAUGGCACCGGGAUGUUCAUGUCUGAAUCCAUGGAAGACGUGCGCCCGGCUCCUGAGGCCAAGCGCCGCCAGUUCGAACACCCAUUCUCCACGUCGCUUUCGCGCAGGCCCAGCGCCAUGCGCCGACUGACGAGCAGUGAGAAGUGGAAGAUUCUACAGCCGGGACCCAGCCUGUGGGAUAAACGCAUGAGCUACAUGCAAAUCGGCAAGGUCCAGGAGAGUCCCUUUGAUGACAUUUACAUGAUCUCCUCCAUCAACCACCACGUCUCCAUCCUUCAUCUUCGCGUCCACCGACGCUACCUCGAUAUCCUGACCGACGGCCACAGUGACUACCCCACCGAUUCCGAUGAGCAGCCGUGGCAUGUCCUGAAGCUCCAGCGGACCCGAUGGCUGGAUCUAUUCGAUGUCAAUGACCGCAUCGAAGCGCUGCAGGGUGUCUGGCAACUGUUCCAUCACCAGCUUAGACUCACGCGUCGUGAAGGCGAUGUCCCCGUCACGAUAGAACUUCCCAUAGAGCAUCUUCCCAUAGAGACUUGA